CAUAAACCUGUUUUCAUCUUAACUAUUCAGAUAGCACAUUCAUUGUUUGUGUAAUGGAGGAGACUAGCAACUCGACCACCUCUGGUAUUGCAAAUCUGAGUGUCAUGAUUGAAGGAGAACCAACUUUGAUUUUUCCAGCAGAAAAGACCCCGGAGGGUGAAUAUUUUUUGUCCAACCUCGAUUAUGGUCCCUUUAUGAUUCAUACUAUUUAUUGCUUUAGAAAAACUUUUGAUAGUGAACUAGAUGCUGCUACAGCUAUCAGAGAGGGCUUAGCAAAAGUUCUUGUUUACUACUAUCCUCUUGCUGGGCGUAUAGCAAUGAAUGAGAAAAACAGGUUUAUGAUCAACUGCACAGGUGAAGGUGCUCUCUUUGUGGAGGCCAAGGCUGAUUGUACAUUGGGAGAUAUCAAUGUCUCCAUGAAACCCGAUUCUGCUAGUCUCGGGAAACUUCUUUAUGAUAUUAAUGGUGUUCAAAAUCCUCCUUUACUUGUGGCUCAGGUGACCAAAUUCACGUGUGGAGGAUUUUGUUUGGGGCUAAGUAUGGAUCACAUAAUUUUUGAUGGAAUUGGUGCAACGGAGUUUGUGAAUUCAUGGGGUGAAGUUACAAGAGGGUUGCUUAUCUCAAACCCACCGUUCCUAGAUCGAGCCUUGCUGAAAGCACGAGUCCCGCCGAUGGUCAAAUUUGCCCAUGCAUUUGAACAAAUAAUUGACAUGUCAUCAGACACCGUGGCUCUCUUGGAAGAAAAAACGCUUGUCAACAAAUCCUUUGUUUUUCGCUUAGAGAAGCUAGAACAACUGAAGAAAGAAGCGAUGGAAGAUGAGGUGCUCAAAAAAUGUACUACUUUUGAAACACUCACUGCUUUCAUGUGGAGAGCUCAAACUAAAGCAUUAAGACUUCAUCCCGAUCAGCAAGUAAGGGUAGUCUUUACGGUUGAUGCACGGUCUAAAUUAGACCCACCCCUACCGAAAGGAUACUUCGGUAAUGCAGCCGUGUUAAUUAGUUGCCAGUCCAGCGCGAGGGAGAUACUAGACAACCCAUUUUCAACAACAAUACAGAAAAUUCAAGAAAAAAUUAAGAUGGUUACAAAUGAUUACAUCAGAUCAGGCAUAGAUUUUUUCGAAGAACAACAUGAACGGAAACCUUUAACAUACACCAUUUUCUUAAAUGCUUGGUCUCGGCUAGCAUUCCAUAGCGUGGAUUUUGGUUGGGGAGGACCUAUGUACUCAGGUCCCCUGCAUGUGGCUAAAAAUGUGGUUUUGUUCUUGCCUCAUGGAAAGGAACGGAGAGACAUAAAUUUGUUUCUUGGUUUGCCUGCUUCUGCAAUGAAGCUCUUCGAAGAAAUAAUUGAUAUCUAGAGGAAACGAAAAGAUAUAAGUCUUUGUUUACCAAGUAGGCAGAGGUCUAGUUUACAUAUAUGCAAAGGUGAGUAUUGAUGCGUGAAUUUUACUUUUUGAGUGUUUGAACGUGUGGUUUGGAGCAUCUUAAGCUCAACCAUAGGGUCAUUUUAAAGUUCUGCAAUUGCGGAAUUUUUUUUCUUCCGUCUCUUGUUAUUCAGUAUUAAUUGUAUUUUUAUUUCGG